AAGGACAUGGUGAUGUCUGUUCAAAUCAAAAUGAAAAGAGAAACUGUAUCACAUGAGUUUGUUUUGGACUUGUGGUUUUUGGUCACUCCGUCAUCCAAUGACAAUGUGUCAUAGAAACACUGGGGCUUUUUUUAUAAUGAAACUAGGUUUGAGAUAAAAGAAUAGCCUAAAAGUAUGGCUAACUAUCUUUUUAAGUUUAGAUAUAAAAUGUAAGCUUAAUAGAGCACCCAUGUAAUUUGUAAUGUGAGUAAAACAAACGUUUAAAAUGCAACAAUGUAAGUAAACAAUAUCCACUCAUAUAUCCUACUGACAUACUUGCAGAAGUAUGUAAUUUAAAAAAAUGUAUAGGGCUACUACAACUACAGAACACAUGCAGCCAUAUAUACCAUGCUAUGGGUAUCCAGUAUCUAAGUGAUGAUGCAUCAUCAAAGCCAUCUGACGUUUUCUUCGGACUGUGUACAAACAGGGAACUGAACAGAGGAUGGGAGGAGUAUGGAGAUAUAGUCAGAAGCGCUGCUGUCUAAGGGAUAUACCAUCAGACAGCAGACAAGAACACACAAUGGCUGACGGAAAACUUUCCCUCGCUGACAUCGACGCCAUCUUCAAGGAGCUGAACAUAACGUACAACGGCACAGAUUUCUGGAUUGAUCCCAUCACUCAGCCAUGCAACCCCUCGCCUAUCUCCGACACGGCCAUGAUUGGCAUGAGUGUCUUCUACGUGCUCGUCUUUCUGCUGGCCAUCCCUGGGAACCUUCUGGUCGGGCUGGUGAUCUGCCUGAACAAGCAACCCCUUUCCUCCUCCGAUCUCUACCUCCUCCACCUGGCCGUGGCCGACAUCCUCCUGGCCGUGACUCUCCCCUUCUGGGCCACCUCCGUGACGCUGGGCUGGGUGUUCGGCGACGCCAUGUGCAAAAUGGUCAGCAUCCUCCAGGAAUUCAGCUUCUAUGUCAGCAUCCUCUUCCUGGCCUGCAUCAGCGUGGACCGCUACCUGGCCAUCGUCCGCGCCAAAGACACUCACAAGGUGAGCCGCCGACUGGUGAACUGGUGCGUCUGCGCCGCCGUGUGGUUCACGGGGGGACUGCUGUCUCUGCCGGGGCUGUUGAACUCUGCCAACCCUUCAACCGACUCGUCCAACGGCACGCAGCUGAGCGUUUGCACCGAGCAUUACGACCCGGGCAGCGUCCAGGAAUGGAGGCUGGCCACCAGGGGGCUCAGCCACACCCUGGGCUUUGUCUUCCCGUUGAUUGUGAUGCUGCUUUGCUACGGGACCACCAUGCGGCGCCUCCUGCGCACCAAGGGCGGCUUCCAGCGGCAGCGCGCCAUGCAGGUGAUCGUGGUGUUGGUGGUGGCCUUCCUGGUGUGCUGGACGCCCUACCACCUGGCGGUGAUCAUCGACACUUUCCUUCGGGCGGGGACCGGGCCGUACCAGUGCCUGACGCGGAACACCAUGGACCGAGCCGUGUUCGCCACGCAGAGUCUGGGGCUGCUGCACAGCUGUGUGAACCCAGUGCUUUACGCGUUUGUGGGCAGGAAGUUCAGAGGGAGGUUGGAGUCAGUGAUCCAGCAGACGGGAUUUCUUGAGCGCACGCAGACGCCUAGACCGAGCGGGUCCUCAUCAACGGAAAAGCCAUCCACGAUCCUAUAACUCUGUGUGUGUGUGUGUGUGUGUGCGUGUGUGCGUGUGUGCGUGCGUGCGUGCGUGCGUGUGUGUGUGUGUGCGCGCGCGCGCAGUGGCGGAUUGGCCGUCGGGAGCACCGGGACGUUUCCCGGUGGCCUGAUUGUCCUCCUGGCCUGCCUUGAACAGUCACCGGACUGAGUGACUGACGCCCGGGCCAAUCAAAUCGAUCCAUCUAGUUACGUAAUAACGCCGCUCGGCGACCUGUCGGCGUAACACAACAACCAAUUAGCUCCGCUGUCUUCAUUCCAGUAGUCGAGAGAAAUUGAGAGUCAGAAAAAGAGGAAAGGUGGAGCAGAGAGAGAGAGGGACAGAAAACGUAAAGCCCUCGCCACAGACAAUGCUCGGCAAUGCACGAGCAUUUAAAAAGAAAACACCCGGGAGCUCUGGUUCAGGAUGGCCGCAAACCACCGCAAGUUCUGUUGAUUUUCCCCCUUCCCCGACCUGGAAUGUUCGUUUAUCAAGCAGUCGCAGUAGUAUACAAAAGAUAAAAGUUCGUAUGUUUAUUAAUAUUAAUAUUUGAAUAUAUUCGAAUAUUUAUUAAUAAUAUUUGGACCAUUAAAUGUCUUCAUUCCUUUAUAUGGUAUAAAACUCGGCCAAAAGCCGAGCUCCGAGGGUUUGUUUACCAGCGUUGCUAUGGUGACCGGUCUUGCGUGUUCCAACGGUUUAUUAGGUAUCUAAGCUGUCUAAUCACUUCAUUCACUGCCUCUUCCGUGGUCAUUACAAUAUUAUGAAAUAUUAAUAGACUUUGUCGGGUUCGGAUUUUAUACUCUGGUGAAAAGAGAACUUUUGUCAUGUUAAAAAAAAAAAAAAAAAGUCGUUCGAUUAGUCGACUAAUCGAAAAAAUAAUCGCUCGAUUAGUCGUUAGAAAAAUAAUCGUUUGGGACAGCUAUAGUGCUUUUUGAGGAUGAGCUAUCAGUUUUUAUUACACGAAGAAGACAUGCGAUAAUAGGAAUUAAAUGGCGAAGCGAAAGACGCGCUAAUGCCAAUUACUAAGGAACGGAAAAGAGGUGAAAAAGAUUACAUUUGUGUAUCCUAUGGCUGCUGUCCUCAAUAGUUUUUGAGUAUUCAUCCAUUGCUAUAACAUUUGAAAACAGGGUUUGCAAUGAAAAUCAUAUAUUCAAAUAGAUAACUCAUCGGUCACUCCUAAAUCUCUUUUAACUAUCAAAUAGUGUUAGAAUACACAACUAGAGGUAUGGUGGUCUGCAUGAGAAGGGUGGCCUGGAAUGGCAUCAAAUUCCCGGCCUGAAUUAUUGUCCCAGUCCGCCACUGUGUGUGUGUGUGUGUGUGUGUGUGUGUGUGUGUGUGUGUGUGUGUGUGUGUGUGUGUGUGUGUGUGUGUGUGUGUGUGUGUGUGUGUGUGUGUGUGUGUGCGUGCGUGCGUGCGUAAUACUUCUGUCAACAAGAGGCAUGCACUUAUUGGUGAGUUGUAAAAAAGACAUGAGUCAGCAAAAGUUGUUUUGAGACAUUUUAAAUGUAAAUAAAAAAAAAUCAUGAAACAUUGUUUUUAUAUAUCAGUAUUUAUAUGUAUAUAUAUUUUCAUAUUCCGAAGUUGUAAAUGUGUAAAUUGUAAAUGGAUUUGUAGGAUGUCCGUUGUUCCUGUAUAUGUGGUUUUCUGCCCCACAGCACCUCCCUGUGUUCUGAUAUGUUAUAUGUUACUGGUUAUUGCUAAGCAACUAGAUGUUACAUAACUCAAUGCACAUUUCUUUGUUAUUAUCUGUGUUAUGUUUACUCUUUCUGCAUUUAUUGAUAAAACUUGAAUCUCUUCAAGAACACUGUCUGCCUCAUACUGUAACAUAUUAAAUCAUUGGAUGAGCUCA